AAAAUGAAGUCCCAUCUGAAGAUGCACUAAUAUUGCAUCUGCAGCUUGUAAAAGGGCAAGAGAAAUUUGUUGAAAUGCUAAAAAACCAGCAGAAGGUAAUUGUGGACUUGCAACAAAAACUUAUUGAACAACAGAACACACUGGUUAGCCAGCAACAAGAAAUUCUUGAACAGCAAAGAAAAAUGUACGAGCAAAUGGAUCUGAUAAAAGUCCAGUAUGGCAUGCUUUUCAACACAGUGAAACAAAUGUCAUUCCAGAGUUUGCAGGAAGAUAUUCAAAAUUAUUUUGAAGCUCAUCUUCAAGGACUUCAGAACCAGGUCAAAAAUCAUCUCCAGAAAUCAUACUCUGUGCAUAAAGUAGAAGUUGAUGCAAAAGUGAUUGAUGUUGGGGAAUCUUUGCUGGACUGCGGCCUUUGUGAAAGUGAUGAAUUUUGCAAUUUCCAAAAGACACCAUCACAAUGUGAAAAAUGCACCUUGUGCCCUGCUGGCUUUUUCCAAAUGUCUGCAUGUUCUGCAAACACUGAUAGGAUUUGCCAGGACAGAGAUGAAUGCACUGAAUCUCCUAACAUUUGUGGUGAGAGGAUAAAAUGCCUGAAUACCCCAGGUGGCUUCCGAUGUCUUGGGAUUGCUGAAAAAGAUGCGGCAUUGGGAUUGUGUGGAGAGGAGUAUUUCUUUAACAAAGAAAUUCAGGAAUGCAAGGCGUGCGCAGAGUGCGAAGAUGGAGCGGUAGCUGUCCCUUGUUCCGCAGCCAGUGACACUGUUUGUUCAGCAGCCAGUGAAAACAAGCUUUCCGAAUCUUGGGCUGCAAACAUUAUUUUACCCUCAGCAAAAUCUAACAGCUCUCAGGUCUACCCUGGCUUAAACUUGAAGUUAAAAGGAAUGCUUCACUGUGAAAUCAUAUCAGUUGAAGAUAACUGCCUGGUAUUCAGACAACAUGGUUUGAUGUGGACUGAUCUCAAUUUUGCUGUAAAGCACAACUGCAGAAACUUUCUUCAACUCUCCUUGAAACUAAGCAACAGCGAGGAAGGCUAUGAACUGAGUGCUGUUCGUAUUGAGCAACCAGAAGGCAAAUAUUUCCAGAGCACCAGUUUAAGCAGUGCUGCAGAGGUAGAGCCAAGCCAAAUUCUCUCUCUGUUUCUGAGGAGUCCAAAUCAAUUCUGCAACCAAAGUAAAGACUUAAAUAUUUAUGAUCUUAAUACACCACUCAGUUUGUUUUGGUUAUCCCAUGAUACGGGUGCAGUGGCCAUGAGUGCGCAGAUGUCAACUGCAAUGUACUACCAAACUAACUAUCGACCAACUUUUAAAGUUAUUUCCGUUUCUGACCCUUACAUGCUAAGUUUAUCGCAUGAUGGCAGAGCUAUAAAGUUCACCGAAAUGGGUGUUGUCAAAUUUGUUUUUCAUCAAGCAUUGUAUUCCAUGGGCCACACAUGUGUUCGUGAAGGCUUUUCCCUGGUUUCAUACAUUAAUAGGAAUGGUACCAACAGAGAAUUAAUGAACAUAUUUAAGUCUGGUGUAAAUUACAGAGACACCUCAAUAUCUGCCUCUCAGGCCACCAAAGUCAAUGCUGGAGAUUUGAUUAGCUUUGAAAUACUUUCUCCUCCUCAAUGUAAUGUUCGGUAUUUUGGAGACAGCUCUGGGAUUAGUAUGUUUAGCCUCAUCUGGAUCCCAUCUGCAGUUUCCACUGCCAUAUCAGCUACAGUUUCUGUUACAGGUCUGCCUACAGGAGCGGUCAGAAACAAAUUAUUGUGUUUCACCCAAGUCUCCUCCCAUGAGAAACAAAUACAGUUGGUUUCUUCAGGACAACUGGCUCAGAAGUAUUUUACCUUUACAGAAAGGGGAAUUGCCAGUGUUGCUCUUAAUUUAAAGCUGAUCCACUCUUGCUAUAUACUCAAAAUUACUCUAAAUCAGUUGCUUAGAGAUCAGAUGCAACCCACAGCAAUUGCUCAGCAAAUUGGAGGUCAAAUGCCAGAGGGAAGCCUAUGGACCAGUGUGUCCCUCCACUCUUCUUUUGAAGUGCAUAAUAGCACAUCGAUAUUUGUUUCUCUUGACUGUGUGCGUGGAAGGAUCAAUCAGAUUGCUCAUGAACAUGGAACCAGCAUAUCUAUUUUAUGGAUUUCAUCUUAAUUAUGGUAGAGUGAAGCAAUUGUGAAUGGACAGUUUAGUGUGACAUUUGAAUUUUUCUAUGUGAACAUGCACAGAAUAUUGCAUUAAAAUAUUAUCAGUAGGAACCCUUAAAAGUAAUCUUAGUUGGAUUAUCACUGUCUAAACACAAUGGAUAUUUCUGCUUUUCCAAGUGAUUUCUCUGACAUCUGGGAAGAAUAGAAGCUUGGAUCCAGUUCCAACUUUAUUUUUAACAAAGCAGUGCCUUAAAAUAAGAUUUUGCAGGAUUCAAAAAAGAGGAGGAAGGAAAGAGAAACGGAUGAUUUUUAAAAGGUACUGAAAAUGGAAAACCAAAACAAUCUGGACCUGCUUUCACAUACUGUUAUGCCUUUCCUAUAAAAGGGCAAUACCAGUAUUUUUGCCUUUGUCAUCUUAUCCAGCCCUUACAGAGUGGUGGGACUUUGUGUAAACUGAAAGAAUUUGCUUCAGACUGAAGGUAGAAAAAAGAUAAUAGAUGUUUAGAAGCAACUAAGCUUUAGAAGUUGUUUAGUGCUGAUCAAAAUAGAAUGUAAUUUUUACAAACUUGGUUUUUAACAAAGAAAUGAAAGUAAAUGGCUGUUUUUGUUUCAUUUUGAUAUGAAAAAUGUAAAUUUGUUUUUUAGGUAUUAUAUUUGCUUUUUAGCGUUGUUGUUUUUUCAACACUUAAGUGUAUGAGGGGAGGUAAAAUGAAUACCAUAUACCUUUAAAUUUAGGACAUAGAAAAUUUAGAUGCAUCUAAAAAAUAUUAAAAUGACUCAAUUUAAGAAACCCCCCCACAAAAUAUCAGAUCAAGAUAAACCUCUUUAAAAAUAAUACAGUACACCAAAACCUCCAGGUGCAUGUACUUUUCCACAAAUAUGUGCUUUUCUACCAAUUUAAGAUGCUGACCACUUUUAGAAGAAAAAUUUGUUUUAAAAAAGUGUCUCAUAUUUGAAAGAAUACAGUAUUUAGGAUGAAUGAGAAGUAAUGGGAGGAGAAAAUGUUCAAAUUAGUUUAAAACGGGGAGGGGGGGGCGGUUCUCUAUCUCUGGCCCAUUGGCCAGAUCUGGCCUGCAGGAAUUGCCAGGGGUUGAAAAAUUUGGUGGCGGGAGAGCAGUAGCAGCAAUUGCUGCUCCUCUGCUGCCAAAUAUCUGGACACGUGGGAAGCCCCAUGGGCUGGAUAGCAUGCUAGAUUUGUGCACAUAGGUAUCCUGGAGCCUGUCCAGGGGUGUGGGGCUGAGGGAGUUGGUGCAGAGCCCAAAUCUAGGUCACAGGGCCCUAUUUGGACCACCGGCCCUAGCCAUUCAUUUGGCCUUUGCACGCGAAACAUUGAACAUUACUGGUCUGAACACUGAAAAAACAAAAGGAAAUAUUUUUGAAAGGAAACAAAAUUUUCUUCCAAUUUCUGCCUGUGGCAGAACACUUUGAGCUCAGCAAGAGCUGUCCAGGGAGGUUAGAGUGGCUUUUCUUAGAUCAGUGGUCUCCAACCUUUUUAUGGCAAAGAUCAGUUUUUGGAAGUAAAAGGCACCCCAGGAUCUACCCCGUCCCCCUGCCCCUGGAUUGUGAAGAGUGCCAGACCUGGGACCUGAUCCUGGUCCCACUUCUGUGCUGCGGCUGCACUGAGCUGCGCCUACCCGGCGGCCCGGUGGAAGGGAGGGGUCCCGUACCCCUGAAGGUGCCCCUGGGCUCCAAUCCUCCCACCACCUGGCUGGGCUGGGGUCCCACGUACCUUUCCCAGCUUCUGGCUGGGCUGUCCAGUCAGUUGCUCACCGCGGGGUCUUCGAUCUCAUCUCCGCACCUUCUCUCCCCCACAGAUUGACCUGCUGGGGUUGGGGUUGUGCGCCCAGCUCUCCCCCAGCCCAGGAUUGACCAAAAGAGGCUCCAGGAUCAAUCUGUCAAUCAGGAUUGAUAGGUUGGUGACCACUGUCUUAGAUAAAACUUUAAAAAUGAACUUGAAUGAGAAAUUGCAGAAUAAGAAAUCAUCUACACUCGUACUCCC